UAUACAUUUCAGGAAAGAACAAAAAGAUGAACUGGAAGAAUCAUUCCGGUCCAAGGUGUCGUCUGACCAGGAAAAUCAAAUUGAACUGGACGGCCUCAGCGAGAAGACUCAAGUUCAAAUUCUUAGGAAAAAGUUAAUGAGAUCCAAUAUCGACCGGGACAAACACGAAUGUUCGGCUCGAAAUUUAAAGAAAGCUCUUGAUCUGCUGGCCGCUGAGAGAGAGACAUUUCAAGUAGAGAACGAAGAGCUGAAGGAAGAGCUGACUGUGUCUAGAGAAUCUAAAGUUUGUACUGGAGAAAACUGCACUUCCCGCGAGCAUCUGCUGUCGGAAAAACAAAACUACGACAUUUUAUCGAACUCACACAAGGAAUUGGAGAUGCAAAUAUGUCACUUGUCCACAGCCCUCGACCGAAAGAACAACAAAAUGACUGAACAAACCGAACAGAGAAUACAAUUAGAAGAUCGGCUGGACGAUGCCAACAAAAGAUGCUCCAUGUACGAAACUAAAAUCUCCAGACUUGAAGAAGAACUCUCAAAACUCAGUUCGAGUACUACCGAUCUAGAGACACUAAAAAAAGACUUCGAAGAGCUGAGGCACAAUAAAAGCAAAAUUCGAACGGAAAUGGAAUUUCUGAUCGACGAACGGGACAGCCGAGAAGUUACCCUUGACGAAAUCUACAAGCAACUGACUGAAACAAGAAAAGAGUUUGCUGCGUUGAGAGAAGCAGAUGAGGAGCUCCAAGAGAAGUACUCCUCCCUGCUGGAGAAGAGUGAGACUAUAGCCAAACAGUACAACACCUGUAACGAACUGAUUCAGGAUACCUCCGAGAUGUGCGAUUUUCUCCGCAAGAAAUUGGUGCCUUUACUGCCGUCGUUAUGUAACAAACACAAUGUGGACUACACGGAGUAUCAAAUACAGCCUUCUUGUCCUCCCCUUAUUGGAAAUGUGCUUUACAUAAUUACUGCAGUGGAGAUUCUCGAGGAUCUGGCUGGUUCAGUUUCCAUCAACAGGGAAACGAGGAAACAAAUAUCCUCUCUUAGGGAUGACAAGGCUAUGUUGGAGCGAACUAUCACUGAGUUAAAAGCAUCCUUGGUAGAUCAAAAUGAGAGAGCAAAAAGCAGAGACAGACAAGCCAAGUUGCUGACAAACACGAUAGUUGAGUACACGCAGCAGUUAGAGUCAAAUGAGUACUGUCUGGGGGAGCUGACCGAGCAACUGAGAGAGGGAAAGAAAAAUUACGAAAAACUGGAGAUCGACAGCGAGCGAAACCUCCUCCAGUUGAAUCGACAAAAAGAGGACCUAGCAGAGUGCCGAGAGCAACUCCAACUUUAUGAUGAAGUUCUGCACACAGUAAAGACGAAGAUGAUGUCGCUGGGUAGCUCCCUUCCUUCUACUCUCAAGAUAGUUCUUAAGCAGCUUGUCUGAUUAUGCUUCAGCUUUCUUAACGGAAACAUGAUGAUAUUCUUGACAUCAACGACAUUUUUGUUUGACAUUUAAUCUGACGUCUGAAGAAAAUCAGUAUCUAUCAGUGCAGUGGCGAACCUGCGUCCGUGGCUGACUAAAGAUCUACGUUUUUGCCAUGUGUAAUCAUAAUGUGUUUAUGAUUACACAUUAUUAAUCUAUCUGAAUUUAUUCCGUUAAUAAGUUAUUUUUACCGAAAUACCAAAAACUCAGAGACACAAAUAAUCAGAAUUUCGAUGUGAUCAGUAUUCAGUUAUUGUUAUUUUUCUGAAGUUUAAUUUUCCGAAAACAGAUUUGUUUACGUUUAUCAUUCUAUUCCUAUUUGAUAGCAUAAUUAGCUUAGCUUUAGCAACUAGUUAGUAGACACAGAUAUAACGAAUUUUGUGAAUUUUCAUAAACAUUCUUCUUGUCCGAAGUUUUCAAGUAGGGGAUCAUAGUUUUUAUAUUUGAUGUAAAUACGUUCUAACUUAUAUCGAAUGGGUCAAACCUGAGCUUCGAGACUAUUUAUGCGGUAUUAUUUUGGUAUUUCAGGCUUGUUGUAAAGUAAUUACUAGGUGAAGGUCAGGGUUAUAACCUGGAUAUCGCUAAAUAGUCCAGAGCCUUUAUACUGUAAAGGGUGAAACCUUGAUAAGGGCCGCUAGAUAAGCUAGCAAUGACAGACGAGUAAAUUAAAUUGUUGAUGUCAAUACUUAAAAUAAGUAAUUAGUUUCCUGAAUUCAAGGGAUAUAAUAUUGCCAGAGCUGAUUGAUUGCUUAAGUGCAUGAUGAUUAUUAAUUGUAUUUCGUUACUUCCUUAAUAAAAUUAUCAAUUUCCUCACAAAUGUAACAUUA